UUUGCUGAUGUUACAUGAAGUGCCGUGCUGUAAAACAGCUCAUUUGGAGAUGACAGGCGAGAAAGAUGGCUGUGUUGAAAUCAGACUAUCUUCAGCAGGAGGUUCGAUCAUUUGUAUUGCCGAGUAAAUCAACAGGUGGAAGUGGUAAUGUCGUGGAAAGGACCAAGAGUGCGAUUGUCUUGAUGAGAUGUCUGCCCUGUGCUCGCGCUGCAGUAUUGGAACAACUUUGCGAGAUAUUUCAAGAAGCUGUGCACAAGCAUAUCAUUGAAAAAGACAGACAGGAUUUAUUAGGCUCAGGGGAUAAAGUGUUUGUUGAUCCUGAAAUUAAUGAAGUGAUUCAAAAUAUUUGUAAGACCUUGCUCGCAUUUGUUGAUGAUAAUUGAGCAUGGGCACCUAUUAUAACAAAGUGGUCAGUAAAUCUUCUUGGUCAAAUGAGUGUGAAGUACGCUGCACAACUUGGAAUCAAAGGAAAUACAAUAAGUCUAAAUCAGAAGUUACAAACAUGGCUUACGUAUCCUGCAGCUCAAGUAUUAAUUGAAAUCUCUGCUCAGUGCUUCUCAAUGCUCAUCAACACAAACCUCGAGGUUUGCAUUCAAUAUCUGAUUGAUUCAGCCGUACAACAUUCCCCACAUUUUGAUUGGGUAGUUGCUUAUAUAGGCUCCUAUUUUUACAAGUCCAUUAUUGACCAUCUCAUGUUGUGUGCUGUGAAAGAAUUUCAUAGCGACGGACCUUACGAUGAUGAGUUCUCAAGUCUAUUUAAAACUGCUAAAAGAUUACUGGAUUAUUUUGCUGAAAAAUAUCCCACCCAUGUGAGGGAUACAGUUUUAGCCAUGUUUAAGGGCAGCGUGGAAGAUGGCAAGUUUAACAAAGAAAAAUGGGGAAAAAACCAACAGGGUUGUUUGAUUCCAUUUUUUGUCCAUCUUGCUAUCAACACGACGCACAUGGUGAAUGGAACAAUCAUGAGUCUACUGGACUACAUCACUUCUGAUGUAAUACUCAAGCUCCGUCAACAACUCUUUGAUUGGUCGUGCACUCCAGGCAAUCAUACGCCAAGUUUGUUGUCAUCUUUCAUAACCUUGAUUAUAUCUUUGAAACGUGGCACAUUCAAAACAUUGCAAUACUUACUGAACGUUUCGUGUCAAGAUUCAGCUGAAAGAGUCGUCGGUCAAUAUGCUGCUAUUGUGAUGGAGAAAGUGUUGAUGCAUUUACAACGUAUGGUCAUAAAGAAACACAGAGCUGAGUACUUGGAUGUUAAGCCUGCAUCUACAUCAAGCAGUUCGGGCAAAGACACCAAUCAAGAUGUACCUUUUCUAAAUGACUUGAUGAAAAACUGGAAGGACAUUUGUGAUGAUCUUCUUAAAAGUAAUGGCCAGCGGUUAUUUUGGAACUACCGAUUGUUAUCUAUCGUUGCAAUAUACUCUGGUCCUACAGUUUGUGCGCAUAUCUUCGAUUAUAUUAUUACGUUCAAACAAUCAAGUCAAAAUCUCUCGCUAUAUGUAGAGCUGCAACGAGAGGUUCAAGCUUUCUAUCCCAAUACACCGAACAUGGCAGUUACAAAAUGUUUAAAAAGAAUUUCCAUUAAGUCUUCACGGGAUAUUUUAAACGAGGUACAGACUGUUGUCGAAAAUUUUUAUCUUCUUUUGACUAUGGAAAAACUGUGGGACAAGAAUAUUCAGGCGAUGAACUUUUCCGUUGGUCGUUUGUUACGUCAUCAUACUGUUUUACUUGUUUCUUUGCUUCCAUAUCCUAAACUUGAAAUAUCCUCAGUGAUCUUGGAUAUUCUUAUAUCCAUUGGUUUCCCUUUUAUUACAUUUUCCGUUGGGGAUAAAAUGAAGAUUACCAAAACUACCGUUAGUUUAUUUUUCAAACUGCUCCAUCAUUACAGCAGCGCCUUUGAGACACAAGCAAACGAGAGUCGUCAUUUAUGCAUAGAUCUGCUAAAAAGAUAUCAAGUCUUUUUGUUAACAUUAUGCCGAGAUGAACCUUGUCAAAUUCUAGCUGUUCGACAUUUUGUUGAAGGCCUGUUUUGCAUGGAUAACAAAACCUUGUUUUUAAACGAACACCAGCCACGGCGCAUAGCAAUGUCAUUAUUCACUUCUUUAAAAGUCGAUAAUUUUGCAGUGAGAGAACAUAGCGAAGAUAACGUUGAAAGAUUACUGUUGGAGAAGAACACCACUCCUGGUAUAUCAUCUCGUCUGCCACUAAACACUGCAUCUGUAUUUUAUCUCGGAGUAAUUGGAAAAGGAAAAAAAUCAUCAGAAAAAGGGGAAAUAGUGCAGACAUGUGCACAAAGCAACUCACAGCUGUUCCUACAAUGUAUACACACUGUAUGCCUGGCUAACAGACCUCCAGGAGGGAUAGAGCAGCAUAACGUCAAAAUAUUUGCGAAUUUGGCGAUUCUAUUACGUGAUCACAUGAUCGUAGAUGGAUGUUAUGAUUGGUCCUCUUGGCCCGAUGAUGACAUGAUGAAAUAUUCCAUUGAAAGAGACGUUACAUUACGUAAACAGUUUAACGAAAGUGAAAUAUUUUGGCAUUUGCUAUUUUUCUUGGCAGAAGUUCCUCAUGUUUUGCUUAAUUGUCUACCACUUAUCCAUGGAUUAUUUUCAUCGAUCCUUAAGUUUUGGGAGCAAUGUCGAGAGUUGAACACCAGAGAAUGUGAAAGUCAACUACACGCAUCAGUACAAAUGAUGGAGGUGUUUAGAAAAGCUAUGUGGCUACCCACGCCUCUCUGUUUUAUUGGAGAUAUUUUCAAUAUCAUUACUCCCAAAGAAGUUCACCAAUUACUCCUGACUAUUUGGGAAUUUUUAAAGGAGAAUCCGCCCACAUUAAAUACGAGAAUCGUCACAGAACUACGUGAUGGUCGUCAUAGUAACAUUAUAAAGUCAAUUUUUCUUAAGAAUAUUGCUGAAUUAGGGCAUCUUUAUGCAAGAUUUUUUCCCGUCAAGGACGAGAAAUAGCGUUCAUUUGCUACAGAUCUCUUUGCAAAUCCCAUUAAAUGAGCCAGUGUUUUUACAUGCUAUCUUUCUGUCGUUAUAGCUGUCUGUUUGCAACGUACACUAUUAUCAGCUAAAAUUGUGGAACGAAAUUGAAUAUGAUAUGAAGAAUUUUUAGCCAAAGUCAUAAAAGAAGCCUUAAUUGAAAACUCUUUUUAUGUGAAACCAAUACGUAUGCCAACCACUAUACUGUACACAUUACACAGCAUUGUUGUUGUUUUUCACUUCUCCAUUUAGGAGUGGAUUGGGAAUUUAACCCAAUAACCAUACAAACCCUUUUUGUUUCCUGCAGGUCCCAAACAUGGCCACCCUUUUUUGUUUUUGAGAAUAUUCAAACGAAUACUCAUUGAGGGAAACCGGCGAUACACCGGAGGAAAACCCUCAAGAAAACGUGGGAUGUAUGCUUAUGAUCACCAUGUUUAUUUUUUUACAAGUUAUCUUUACAAAACUCAUGUUUACAUUCAUAAGUCCUUAGUUAUGUUUACAACAAUAUGUAGACUGCCUCUAUCUUUACAAAGUUGUUGAAAGAGGUGAUCAAAGCAACAUACAUCCUUGUAAAAAUUGUCUUUUAAAAUUGAACCGAAUCCGCUACGUA